UAUUGAAUAACCGAAACAGCUGUGGCCAGGACUUUGUCGACCAGACUACGGACUAUAAUGGUUAUUUCAUAUCGAGGCACAUUAAUUAGACAAAUUCUGCGACGUUGUCACCGCGCAGUCGCAGCAAAUAAGAACAGCACCAGCUUGACAUGUUUCCAUGGGGUCUGGCCGCCAACGGAGCGAAGAGACUUUGAGCAGCACAUGCGUAUUGUGCCGGACUUCAUCAGCGAGGCAGAGGAGAAACAGCUGCAUGAGGAAAUCGAACCGUAUAUGAGCCGGCUACGCUACGAGUUUGACCACUGGGACGAUGCCAUACAUGGCUUUAGGGAGACUGAGCGCAAAAAAUGGUAUCCCAAGAACCGGGAGCUCCUGGAGCGCGUGCGUCAGGUGGCCUUCAAUGGCGAAAUUAUGCCCUACGUGCACAUUCUGGAUCUAGCGCCUGACGGCGUCAUCAAGCCCCAUGUAGACAGCACCCGCGUGAGUCUGUCGAGCCUAGAGUUUAAUUCUUGUCAAAUAACUGAUGCUUGCCUGCUUCCACAGUACUGCGGAAACACCAUUUCGGGGAUCAGUUUGCUCAGCGACAGCGUCAUGCGUCUGGUGCGUGCUGACGCCGAAAAGUAUCAGCAAAACAGCUCCAAUGCUAGCACCGAAGAUACCUCGUAUCGCCAGCAGCCGGAGGCAUUGCUAGAGAACAACUUCUAUGCGGAUCUGCUUUUGCCACGCCGCUCGCUUUACAUAAUGAGCCACACGGCGCGGUACAAUUUUACACAUGAAAUUCUGGGAAACGAGCAUUCCCAGUUUCUUGGCAAUCCCGUAAAGAAAACGCGUCGUAUCUCCAUCAUUUGCCGCAAUGAACCUUAAAGUAUAAAAAUAAAAUGAAUACUGGUUAAAAUUAUAUCGUUGACAUUUUAAAGCAAACGCUUUAUUUUAUACAAUUUACAAUUGUUUAUAUUGUGAUAACAUUUAUUAUGUUUCGGUUUGUUACUUUAGUUCCGAUAUUCCGGUACAUUUUGCUAUUAAAUGGAGAAACAAUCAAUACAG